GAGAAAAAAAAAAAAAAAACCAAACACGCACAAAGAGAAAAAAAGAGGACGAGAUAGUGCUGUACUUCACUUUCCAUGAAGACAACAAACCAGAUGAAAAUGGCUCUCUAACUUUAAAGCUCACUCCCCACCGAAAACCGUGCUUUGCAUUUGCAACGCACUCACUGCCAACUACCAAGAAAAUCCGCAACUAUGGAGUCUCACAAUGCUUCCCGCACGCUGUGCUACAAGGCUCAGGUUACUGGCACCAGCACAAAAUCCUUUUUUGGUUUUCUGAAUCGGACAGAAAGAAAUAAUGGCAAAGUCAUCAAUGUGGAAAAUUGGUGCAUCCAUCUGCCAGAUGGAUGUGCAGCCCCACUCUCUUCCACAGGGUAACUUGAGUCAGCUGCUGGGGAGGAGAGGAGAGGAACUAUCUGAGAAUCAGCACUUGAUUGGUGAUGGUCUCAGUGAUUGGAUGACAGAAAAAGUGGAUUUCUCUUCAUACCUCUCUCCUCCUUCACAGUCAUCUUCUCCCUCUGACCACUCCUCACUUCCCCCUUCUCCUCCCCAGCAUGAGCUUCCUGUCCCAUCUGAUCUUGAAGUCAUGACCUCCCUGCUGCAGGAAGAGCUUGCCCAGCUAGAAGAUUAUUUUCUGUCAGAAUCUGAUAAAGUAGACAAAUUAGAAAAAGCAGACAAAUCAGUUCUGCAAUCUACUCCUCAACUGUACUGUCAGCUUCCCUAUACCUCAUACCACUCUGGCCAUGCUGAAACAAGUCCUCUUCUUGUGACAUUGUCUACAGGAGAGCUUGACCUGUUGAGCUUUUGUGGUGGCCCAGUUGGCCGCACCAAGGCUCCUAGACCAUCCCCUUACAGCUGCAGCUGUGCAACAAAUAUUCAUGAUCGUAAAAGGUCUCUGAGUGAUGCAAGACUGGAUGAGGAUUUGGAGACGGUAAGCUGGAGUAUUAAACGAAAUGUUGCAGUUGGUGCAGAUGCAUCAGUUGAUUACUACAGCUUUUCUGGCGAUGACAAUAAAUCAUUAGGUGGUGAGUUUUGCAUUGGCAACAAGCAAGCAUUGUUGAAGGAUGAUGGAAAUUGUUACAAAGAAGCAGUUAGCGGAGUUGGAAAAACAAUAGACUACUAUCUUGUUAGUGCAUUGGGCAGUGAAGAAAUAGAAUCUGUUAAUAGUAAUGAGGUGAUAGAAAUUGUUGCACUUAAUAGUAUAAGUAGAGAAAAAGAGAAAGAACUCUCUUUUUUUAAUGCAUCACAAGCCAGAGAGACCUACAACUAUUUGGAGUCUGCUAAUGAGGCUACAAGUGUAGAAAAUUACAAGUCUGAAAAAUCCCGUGGUAGCUAUUACUACACAAGCUAUUCAAAGCAACACGGUUCAGACUGUGUCCUGGAUGCAGAGGUACGUGCAGGUGAAUGCAGUAGCCUAAGAAAAGAGAGGGCCAGUGAUGGAGACAGGGUGACACAGGAAGCUGAUUUCAGUCAUGGAGUACAAAAGGAAGUUCCUGUUAGUACUGCAGCUAGUGGAGCAAAGUUUGGAGAAAGAAAGCAGAAAAAAAGGGAUCAGAACAAGACUGCCGCACACAGGUAUCGACAGCGAAAGCGAGCUGAACUGGAUAGCCUUGAGGACGAACUGCGAGGCCUGGAAGGAAAAAAUAGAGAGCUUCGAGAUAAAGCAGAUUCUGUCGAGAGAGAAAUCCAGUAUGUGAAAGAUCUUCUCAUUGAAGUUUACAAAGCACGUAGUCAGAGAAUUAAACAUGAGACAAAUGCAUAAAACAAAUAUUCAGUAGCAAAAUAAAUGAUGUGUUUUUAAAGUCUACCUUUUAGCUGAGGGCCAUUUUAGGUUCUGUGCAUACAUGGCAAUACUGAGCACACCUGUAUAUAAAGCAGAACAAUCCUGUCAAAUUAGAAAGACAUCCUUUUAAAUAUCUAAGAAAAGCUUGGGCCAUUUAAUAUUAUCCAAGUGUUGUGUGUGUGUUGUUAUAUAUAUUAUAGUACUUUAAAUGUGUUAUUGUCAAUUGUGAAAAUGUGAUGUUUUUGGCCAUUUGAAAUUACUAAAUAAAAUGAGUACCUGUGUAUGUUUUACUAUGAAAUAAUAAAGAAUUCAAAAUAAAAUAAAA